GGGAAGCUGGGGGAGGGGGAGGAUGGAGGAAUCCCGGGCCGGGGUGUUGUGCCGCUCCGGGCCCCGCAACCUGGGCUGCGCUGGGCGGAAGCGAGGACGGCGGUGGGGACGGCGCUGCUCCCUCUGCCCCGCCCCCUGGGACCACCUCCCCUCCCCGGAGCUGUCCGCGGGCGCCCGGGCCGCCGGCCGUUAGGCUCCCGGAGCCGUUCCUCCAGGCCUUUUCCCCUUCGGCGGUGGCGAGGUGGUCCUCCCGCCAUCACGGCAGCCCCCGGCCCAGCGCCCAGCCCUCCCGGUGGGGAAACAGGCCGGCUGGGGUUUCGGAGCUUUCCCGCCAGAGCAGGGUCAUCUCACGGGAAAGCUGUUUUCGCCGGGAAGAUCAGCUUUUUUUAUUUUUUAUUUUUUUUUAACACCUUUUCCCUUUCCCGCCUUCCUUGAGACCAAAAGGGUAUUUCUCGACCACUUCUGCGUCUCACGUAAACAUUUCUCCAACUCGUUCACUCUGUGGUGUCUCCCCGAGGCGGGAGAUCGCUGGUGCCGCCACCAGAGAGACCCGUCUGGACCCUCCCGCCCAGGCCAUGAGAGCCCCCUGCCCGGCCGCGGGUGCUUACCUGGCUCAUCGCCGUCUGGACUGUGUAUUUCUGCUAAAGUCAGUAAUGUGAAAAGACCUGACAUGGAUGAUAUUGCUGAUAGGAUGAGGAUGGAUGCUGGAGAAGUAACUUUAGUGAACCACAACUCCAUAUUCAAAACCCAUCUCCUGUCACAAACAGGCUUUCCAGAGGACCAGCUUCCACUUUCUGAUCAUCAGAUAUUACCUUCCAGGCAAGGAAAUUUGGACGGAUCUUAUACAUGUUCUACAAGAAGUGCAGCUUAUAGUCCAAAUUAUUAUUCAGGAUUCUUUGUCAGCAAGAUGAGAUCUCCUCCCCUAAAAAGACAUAAACCUUCCUCAGACAGUUUUCUUGGCUCAGGAGACGUAAGAACCUUUGGCCAGAGUGCAAAUGGUCAGUGGAGAAAUUCUACCCCAGCAUCAGGUGCAGCUUCACAAAAAUCAAGAAACAGCCGAAGUCUUUACCUCGAAACCCGAAAGACCUCAAGUGGAUUAUCAAACAGUUUUACAGGAAAGUCAAACCAUCACUGCCAUGUAUCUGCAUAUGAAAAAUCUUUUCCUAUUAAAUCUGUCCCAAGUCCAUCUUGGAGUGGUUCAUGUCGUCGAAACCUUUUGAGCCCCAAGAAAACUCAGAGGCGACAUGUUAGCACAGCAGAAGAGACAGUUCAAGAAGAAGAAAGAGAGAUUUACAGACAGCUGCUACAGAUGGUUACAGGGAAACAGUUUUCUGUAGCCAAACCCACCACACAUUUUCCUUUACACCUAUCUCGAUGUCUUAAUUCCAGUAGGAAUACCUUACAAGACACACUGUUUCAAAAUGGAAACUCUUAUGCAGCUCAGAUUAUUGGCUCUGAUACUUCAUCUUCUGGAUCUGCCAGCAUUUUAACUACCCACGAACAGCCUUCUCAUAGUCGAUAUCCCUUAUCGUUUUAUACGCCAGAUAUUUCAUCCAGAUCCAAAGAUGAUCUACUCCAUCAACUCCAACAUCACCACUCUCUUCCACAUCAGCCAGAUAACUUGUCAGCUUCAGAAACACAAUCCAAAGGAUCAGACUCUGUGAUUUUACUCAAAGUGCAAGAUCCCCAGACUCCAGCUCCCAGUCCUAAUUUUUUCCAGGCAGAGUUGUGGAUCAAAGAAUUAACUAGUGUUUAUGAUUCUCGAGCACGGGAAAGAUGGCGCCAGAUUGAAGAACAAAAAGCACUGGCAUUACAGCUUCAAAACCAGAGAUUGCAGGAACAGGAACAUUCAGUACAUGAUUCAGUAGAACUGCGUCUUCGUGUACCUCUUGAAAAGGAGAUCCCUGUCACAAUUGCUCAAGAAACAGAAAAAAAAGGUCGUAAAUUAACUGAUAGUGAAGAUGAAUUUCCUGAAAUCACAGAGGAAAUGGAGAAGGAGAUUAAGAAUGUAUUUCGUAAUGGGAACCAGGAUGAAGUUCUGAGUGAAGCAUUCCGUUUGACCAUUACACGCAAAGAUAUUCAAACUCUAAACCAUCUGAAUUGGCUCAAUGAUGAGAUCAUCAAUUUCUACAUGAAUAUGCUGAUGGAGCGAAGUAAAGAUAAGGGAUUGCCAAGUGUACAUGCAUUUAACACCUUUUUUUUUACUAAGUUAAAAACAGCUGGUUACCAGGCUGUGAAACGAUGGACAAAGAAAGUGGAUGUAUUUUCUGUUGACAUCCUUUUGGUGCCCAUUCACCUGGGAGUGCACUGGUGUCUUGCUGUUGUGGACUUUAGAAAGAAGAAUAUUACCUAUUACGAUUCCAUGGGUGGGAUAAACAACGAAGCCUGCAGAAUUCUUUUGCAAUACCUAAAGCAGGAGAGCAUUGACAAGAAAAGGAAAGAGUUUGACACCAAUGGCUGGCAGCUCUUCAGCAAGAAAAGCCAGGAAAUUCCACAGCAGAUGAAUGGAAGUGAUUGUGGGAUGUUUGCCUGCAAAUAUGCUGACUGCAUUACCAAAGACAGACCAAUCAACUUCACACAGCAACACAUGCCAUACUUCCGGAAGCGGAUGGUCUGGGAGAUUCUCCACCGAAAGCUCUUGUGAAGACUGUCUCGGUGAGCAGGCAUGGACGUUGUGGGACCAGCUCUUCGUUGUCUACAGCCAGAGACCUUGGAAACAGCCACUCCCAGCCCUCUGUUCUUGUAAAGCCCUUGAUCCCGGACCAGGCCCUGACAAGAUGCAUUCACAAGCACAUCUGCCUUUCCUUUUGUAUCUCAGAUACUAUUUUUGCAAAGAAACUUUGGUGCUGUGAAAGGGGUGAGGGACAUCCCUAAGCUGAAGAGAGAGACUGUUUUUCACUUCUUCAGUUCUGCCAUCUUGUUUUCAAAGGGCUCCAGCCUCACUUGGUCCCUAAUUAGGGGCUGAGAGAAGCUUGGAAAGACUCUUGGUUUCAUAUAAAACUCUUGUUGUUAGGCCUUACUAAGAGGUAGGAAAGGGCAUGGACAAAAACAUAGGGAUAAAAACCACCAGCAUAUGCACGCACACAUACAUACAUGGUUUUCAAGAGUCCCUCCUCUAGGACUUUUCCUAUUUAUAUGCUUCAUUGUGAAAUCUGUCUGCUUCUGUACCAGGCUGUUCUAUUUGUAGCUUUCUCCCUCCCGAGGCACAACAUAUGAGCCCUGGGUGGACCCCAAAGUCCCGGGCAGUCCUUUUCUUAAAAGCAGGGGUUUGCAUGUGCUCACAACACAUGAUACGGGAAGAUCCACCCAGGGAAUGGUUAGUGGAGCAACAAGGCACCACUUUUACUGCCGCCUACUUCUGACCAAGAAGAAGGACCUCAGUCUUUAGCAUAAAAUUCCAGCAUUGGAUGAAUGCAAGUCUGGUUUGGUCUGUGGCUAGUUAGUUUAAAUAUGUUUCUAACCACAGAGAAUUUAAUAUAUAUAUAUAUAUAUUUCCCAGGGAUAUGCUUUUUUUUUUUUUAAAGGCUGAAUGUGUUCAUCAUUUCAGCCUGUAGAUUUAUUUCCAUUUUCCAAAUUUAGCUCUAGCACGCACAGAUCCCAGCCCCUAUGUGAAGGGUGUUUGUGGACUUCCUAACAGAAUAUUUUGAGACCUGGAUAAACGUUGGCUUACGGAUAGAGGUUACAGAGGGAGGUGAGAUUUUUCAACUGGAAAAUGGGUGGAAUUUGGACUGAUCAACUUGAGAUUGAAGAACUGCUAUCCCUUUUGUUCUUUUUAGCACCACCCAUCCCCUCUGAGAAUUUCUCAGGCUAGAUAGUGAAACGAUCCAAUGCCAGUGUCAUUUUUGUACUCAAGUUCCAAAAUAGGAACGUUUUAUACUUCUUUCUGUAUUGUAAUAGGUAGUUUUGUACGAAAUAUUUUCUCCUCUUCCCUUGUACCUCAUCCCCUCCAGCAUUGUGCUUUCUCCCUAGGCUUAUUUGAAAAUUUUACUCUCUUUUAUACCAAGCUCGUUUAGUACAUUUUUCUAUGUUUUACCACAGGUUACAAUUUGAAAACUAUUUUUUUUUUUUUAAUAUUCCAUUGUUAACUGAAUGUUACUGAUUCCACUCCAGCAACUAGAUGUUCUACCCUUUUCAUAACUGCCUGCCUUUUUUGGGGGGGUGGGGGUGGGGGUGGGGUAACUACCUUUUGUUUGUUUUUCUUUUCUUCCUUUUUUUGGGGGGGAGGGGUGUUUUCUAUAGGAAAUAAACAGCUUCCUAUAUAUGAGUUGCUGGAACCUUCCACAUUCUCUUUUAGAAAGCAAUGACAUGCAGCCUCUUUGCAGGACUCCUGAACAUUGACUCUGGUACUUAUGUGUUUAAGUGACAACUUGAAACAUGGCAGUAUGGUUUAGAUUUAAACUAUGAGUCAGAAGACCUGAGUUUUCAGGCUCUCUCGCUAUUUCCAGGGGACUCGGAACAAGGUAGUUUUCUGUAUUUAUUGUUUGUUUAGAUUACAUCUGUUUUACCUUCCUCGCAGACUUUUUGUACAGACCAAAGCAACAAAUAUUUAUUGCCAUGUAUAGCAGAAAACAAAACGUGCAACAAAAGCACUAUGAAAAAUACAUAAGAUAUUGUGAGUCUGUCUGAA